AUGUUCAAGACACUGUGCAACAGAUACAAGCCAGCCUUGGUUCUAUCACUUAUCAUGGCUAUUUCCCAGUUAAUCAUCAGGUGUGAGAGGUUAUUGGUUUAUGAAGUCGCCGGUUUCCCAGACACAAAUCUGCAUUACAAGCGGCUCGGCGAUGACGACGUAUGUUCUCCUCGGCCCAAUCACAAGUCCGGACAUUAUAGUCGGGCGUACCCUGUCUUCUACUGGAGUGAACAACAGUUCGACGCAGUCUUCAACAUUUGUUCUCUAUACAUUCCAAUUUGCUCUACGUUUUUCGCGGGAAUAUACUCGGACAAAUAUGGUGGUAAGAACGCAGUGCUGCUAGGUUUGGUUUUGUGUGUUUUGGUGACGUCAGCCUCGUAUCUGGUGAUUCUCCACAACGACUACGUCUUCUUCUGCAUGCUGUUGGUGCGCAAGAUUGCCGAAGGUAUGAUGAUAGCAGCUGUUUGCUCCCUCGCCGGAAAGUGGGCGAUUCCCGGCGAAAGAACAGCGUUCGUGGGUAUUCUACUGGAGGGGAAAUCGUUAGGGCACUUGCUCGGUGGUUUCCUAAUUAGAAGUCGACCCUCUUGGAAUGUCUUGUGCUACAUCAACGCGUGCAUUUGUUUCGUCACCGCUGUUUUCUGGUGGCUUCUGUUUCGAUUUCAAUACAUCCCAAGACCUAAGACGUUUAAAAUAAUUCCUUGGAAGAGUAUGGCACAUUCAACAUCUCCUUAUGUGUUGACUUUGCUGAUUUUGUCUUGUACUCUGAUCGUAUCUACUUCCGAACAACUUUUGAUCUACGCCAGCCAAGAGCUUUACCUAGAUGUGUCCUCGGAACAGAUUGUGGAGGUUAUGAUGGUUUCAUCUGAGACAUUGGCGUAUUUCCUUUGUGCAUCGUUCAGUGACUACAUAGUUUCGCGAAAGUUAUUGUCUUCUUUCGCUCUGGGAAGAUCAAUUACUUGUGCACUCUUCCCAAUCUUCUACUGCACCUUGCUCACGGUCAAAGCGGCUGGUUGUAGUCUGGAGACGGUUUUAGCGUGCUGUGUCAUGUUACAUUUUGUCACAGCAAGUUUUCUGACAACCGUUAAUGCAAUCGCUCUUGAAGUCACUUCCGCUUAUUCUGGGGUCGUUUUCGCGAUCAUUUUGUGGUUCUCGCAUUUGUUUGACGAUAAAAUUAGAAGUUUCCUAUCGUACGUUUCUGGUAUCAAGUUCAGUUUCAAAAGCUGGAGUGAAUUAUUCCUGAUGUCUGCAGUGGUUGCGACUCUGCUCAGUCUUCCGUUCAUUUUUUGCGGAAUUAAGAAAACUACCUGGGGAAAAGGAGUGCGCCAAGAAGACAAAAAUCUUCCAUUGGAAAGUGCGUCCAAAGAUGUAGCGUCAGUGGCAGGAAAUAUUUCUAGCACAACAAACACAAAGAAAAACUGA